GCCCCUUCCGUGGAAUGUCUUUUUGCAGCGUGUCUGGCGGUUGAGAAUUGUGAAAGAUGGCGGAUCCGUUGACUCUAUUCACUUCUGUUGGGCUAAGUGAACAGAAAGCCAAGGAGACUUUGAAAAAUGAAGCCUUAAGUUCUGCCCUUAAGGAAGCCAUAGCAAAGGCCCAGCAAGUGCUUGGAGCGUCGGGAAUAGACAAAUCGAUGGGCACCCUCCUGUACACCAUGGUUUCUCGUCUCAGAGACCCCAGACGCCUGGGCUUUCUCACAGAUCAAAUUGCUCAGCGGAAGAUUUGCACAGAGCUGCAACUGGCAGCUGCAUUGGAGUUUGUGAAGGGCCACCCCCAGGACCCCAUCAACCAGAAGGAGUUUGACACUUUGUGUGGAGUAGGAGUGGUUAUAACACCAGAGCAGAUAGAAGAUAAGGUGGAGCAAGUGAUCAAGAAGCACAAAGAACAGCUGCUGAAGGAGCGGUACCGCUUUAACAUGGGACUGCUCAUGGGAGAGGCUCGCUGUGGCCUGAUGUGGGCUGACGGGAAGAUGAUAAAAAAUGAGGUAGAUUUGCAGGUCCUCCAUCUUCUAGGCCCAAAGACGGAGGCUGACCUUGAGAAGAAACCCAAGGUUCCAAAGGCCAAGGCUCCCGCUGGUGAUGCGCUGGUGAAGGAGGAACUCACUGUGAACGGAGAGUUGAAGAUCGAGGGCAGAUCACUGAUGGAUCAGUUGAGAGGAGCAGCCCUGAAUUUCCACAAACCAGGGGAGAACUACAAGACAGAGGGCUAUGUGGUCACUCCUAAAACCAUGGACCUGCUGAAGGAGCACAUGAAGGUCACUGGCGGACAGAUUCGAACUCGUUUCCCUCCAGAACCCAAUGGUAUUCUUCACAUUGGUCACGCCAAAGCCAUCAACUUCAAUUUUGGCUACGCUAAGGCUAACGACGGGAUCUGCUUCUUGAGGUACGAUGACACCAACCCCGAGAAGGAGGAGGAGAAGUACUUCACUGCCAUCAAAGAUAUGGUGGAGUGGCUGGGUUAUAAGCCUUAUGCAGUCACUCACGCCUCGGACUACUUCCAAACACUGUAUGACCUGGCAGUGGAACUGAUCCGGAGGGGUCAUGCCUAUGUGUGUCACCAGCGGGGGGAGGAGCUGAAGGGGCACAACCCACCGCCGUCGCCAUGGCGAGAGCGUCCCGCCGAGGAGUCAUUGGUGUUGUUCGACAGGAUGAGGCAGGGCCUGUUUGCUGAAGGAGAGGCCACACUCAGGAUGAAGACUGUGAUGGAAGACGGCAAGUUGGACCCUGUGGCCUACAGGAUCAAAUACACAGCCCACCAUCGCACUGGGGACACAUGGUGUAUCUACCCCACCUACGACUACACCCACUGUCUUUGUGACUCCAUUGAAAACAUCACUCACUCCCUCUGUACUAAGGAGUUCCAGGCCAGGCGGUCGUCAUAUUUCUGGCUGUGUAACGCUCUGGAUGUAUACUGCCCUGUGCAGUGGGAAUACGGCCGUCUGAACCUGACCUACACUGUGGUCUCCAAAAGGAAGAUCAUCAAACUGGUAGAGACCAGUAUCGUCAGGGACUGGGACGACCCUCGGCUUUUCACUCUGACAGCUCUGAGAAGGAGGGGCUUCCCACCUGAGGCCAUCAAUAACUUCUGUGCAAAGGUGGGAGUGACCGUUGCACAGGUAACUAUGGAGCCCCACAUGUUGGAGGCCUGUGUGAGAGAUGUGCUGAAUGACCACGCCCCCCGCGCCAUGGCUGUCCUGGAGCCCCUCAAAGUCACCAUCACCAACCUGCCUGAAGGCACAUGGAACGAUGUCCGUGUGCCCGACUUCCCAGCCAAUGAGUUUAUGGGAAGCCAUGUUGUUCCUUUUACACGCACCAUCUUCAUCGAGCAGAGCGAUUUCAGAGAGGUGAUUGAGAAGGGCUACAAACGUCUGACCCCCGAUCAGCCCGUCGGCCUGAGGCAUGCUGGGUACGUCAUCUCUGUCCAGAAGGUCAUCAAGGAUGCCCAGGGCAGGGUAGCAGAGUUGGAAGUGCUUUGCUGUAGUUCCCAUGAGGUGGCAGAGAAACCAAAGGCCUUUAUCCACUGGGUCAGUGAGCCCAAGAAGUGUGAAGUCCGCCUCUAUGAAAGACUAUUCCUUCACAAAAAUCCAGAGGACCCAUCUGAGGUGCCUGGCGGCUUCUUAAGUGAUAUCAACCCUAACUCUCUGCAAGUAAUUGACUGUGCGUUGGUGGACUGUUCAGUGAGCAAGGCUAAAGUGUUUGAUAAGUUCCAAUUUGAGAGAGUAGGCUACUUCGCAGUGGAUCCGGACAGUACAGAAGACAAGCUUGUCUUUAAUAGAACAGUCACCCUCAAAGAGGACCCUGGGAAGAUAUGAUCGUACGGGAUGAGAUUAAGCUGGACAGGCCUACUUACCAUAAGCCUUCAAAAUACUUUUUUUAAUCACAAAUCAACCUCUGCCCCCCAUUAUUUAAAGUAUCAGAUCUGUGUCUAAGCAAUGUUCCAUCUUCCUUUGCUUCGCAUGGGCUUGGUGGAGUUUUGCUCUAUUGGAUGCAACAAUCCGGUACUAGAAAUGGGCUAAGGGGUUGAUUUGAAAUCCAUAAUACAUGUUUGUAGGCAUCUUUAACAGUGUAGCAUUUUCAAAGGGGACUGUUUCUUUUCUGUCAAAUUAUCAAGCUUUGCUCUCUGCCGCUGUUCCACAAUAAAGAUGCUCACAAAUGUGACAUUUGGUUGUCUUAUGGUGUUGAGUGACCUGCUCUCAAUCACAAUUUAUGAUCUUUUUGUAACCUGAGAGGUGGGACACUUGGCAAUUUGAAUAAAACCAUGAAUAAUUUAAAUAUUA